ACUGUCUCAGAUAGAGCCCAAUCACUGAUCAUGGAGGGCAAGUUAUCAUCACCAAAUUACGUCUCGCUUCACUAAUUAAAAACGUAAUCACACAACACCAACCAUCACUACAACCAUCAUAUUGUUAUAUCCGGUGAAGAUUAAAUUACAGGUAACUUCCGAGGACUAUUCAUGGACUAAUAUUCUAUGAAUAUUCUUAUUGUAUAACUAUUCAACAAUUACAUUAUGUAUAUUUAUACCCCUCUUAUGAUAAGCUUUAUUUUGACCUAUAAUUUAUUAUUGUACGAUUUACGCUUCUUAAAUUAUGUUCAGUUUAUUAACUAAUGCCUCCCACAUUCACAGCCACUUUUUGGGCUUAUUUGUGUACAAAUAUUAUCUCCUAUUUUAUGGUACGUUGCGGUCUGUAUGAUUGAUAUAUAAACCAAGUAUGUCUGAAAUAAAUGAUCUGGUCUGAUCUGCUCUGAUUCGGAAGCUGGUAUUUUGUUCUGGACUCAAGUGGAAGGGCUCGUAGGACAGAGGACCAAUAAGGACGCUAAACUGCCCACACCGGUUGAACGUCAUUGGUUGGCCUAGUGUGAAGAUUCGUAUAAGUCGUAUUCGGAUUGGUAGAUAAGUCGUGUGAUCGAAAAGUCAGACAUCCAAGAUCAUAACAAUUGGCGACGGGGAUUUUGGCAAAAACAAAAUAAUUGGGAGACGCAAGGUCAUAACAAUUGGCGACGGGGUGGAGAAAAGUUUUGAACCCUCAACUUCAAGGUCAUAACAAUUGGCGACGGGGAUUUUGGCAAAAACAAAAUAAUUGGGAGACGCAAGGUCAUAACAAUUGGCGACGGGGAUUUUGGCAACAAAUAAAUAAUAAUAAUACAAGUGGUGACUCAGAUUUUGGAAAUAAAUUAGCUGUAUAAUUGCCGGUGAUUUCUGGAGCUAAUAUUAUUGGCAAAAAAAAAAAAAUGUCGAUUUCUUUCGAAGAGUUGCGGUUAAUAUUACAGCACCAGCAGAAGAUGUUGGCCUUCCAACAACAGCUAUUUGAAACAGUUUUGGGCAGACUUUGCAUUCAAGCAGAAAAUAAGAAAUCUAUUCAUGAUGCAGAUAAUGGUGCAGUAAUGGACAUUUCAGAAGCAUAUCCUGCGGAGGAUUCAAAUCCUUUUAUACCUGAAUCAAAACGUAAUAUUGGUAACGUGUCCAGCUCAGAGCAAGAAAAUAUUGUGCUAAAUGCACAUGAAGUUGUGGAAAUACCAGGUGAUCAGGAGCCAGAUCCUGUAGAUGAAGCCCAGAGUCCAGAAUUAAAUGAAACGCUACUGGUUCUGUCCAGCUCUGAAAAUAAACUCCAGCUAGAACAAAAUUGUGGUCCACGUGCUAUUAGUCGAGAAAGCUAUGGUGACUCGUAUUCAGAAAAUAACUGGAGCAACACGAUGAACCAAAUUGUACCAGAUGUUACUCAAAAUCACCGGAAGACAGAAUUUUAUAUUGAGUCAACCUAUCCCAUUUCUAAUGACAAUGUACCAAAUAUUGGUUCUCAGAAUAACACAUAUAAUUUUAAUGAAACUUCUUAUAACAAUGAAGAAAAUAUAUCGGCUGUUUCAAAUGAUGGUCAAAAAUCUAAUUUAAUUUUGUUAGGCGUUGACUUUCUUAAUGACUCGUUAUCUGCUAAUGAGAUUCAUAAUGAACUUGAAAAUAAUGACCUCAAAUCAAAAGUCGUUCAUUAUCGUCUAGUCACUUUUAGUGGAUUCUCCAGUCAAUACGAGAAACAUGGUUUAAACAAAGUCCUAUUAGUUGUAAUUUGGAGACAUAAGGACCCAACAUUAUUUCGCGGAGGAGGAAAAUUGAAAGUUACACAUAAUUUUUCUUAAAAAUCAGAAUCUAAACUUGGAAUCUUAAAAAAAAAAAAAAGGGAGGUGUUAUAUCCGGUGAAGAUUAAAUUACAGGUAACUUCCGAGGACUAUUCAUGGACUAAUAUUCUAUGAAUAUUCUUAUUGUAUAACUAUUCAACAAUUACAUUAUGUAUAUUUAUACCCCUCUUAUGAUAAGCUUUAUUUUGACCUAUAAUUUAUUAUUGUACGAUUUACGCUUCUUAAAUUAUGUUCAGUUUAUUAACUAAUGCCUCCCACAUUCACAGCCACUUUUUGGGCUUAUUUGUGUACAAAUAUUAUCUCCUAUUUUAUGGUACGUUGCGGUCUGUAUGAUUGAUAUAUAAACCAAGUAUGUCUGAAAUAAAUGAUCUGGUCUGAUCUGCUCUGAUUCGGAAGCUGGUAUUUUGUUCUGGACUCAAGUGGAAGGGCUCGUAGGACAUAGGACCAAUAAGGACGCUAAACUGCCCACACCGGUUGAACGUCAUUGGUUGGCCUAGUGUGAAGAUUCGUAUAAGUCGUAUUCGGAUUGGUAGAUAAGUCGUGUGAUCGAAAAGUCAGACAUCCAAGGUCAUAACACAUAUACAGUACAUAAUCACAAUAGACCACUACUCACCACACCAAUCAUAACACAUCACAUCAUAUCAACAAUCGGUAAACAAACACUUACCGUUAUUCCCAUUUAAAAACUUUGUAUAUAAAUCAUCAUCACCACCACCAUCACCAAACUCACUCGUCACUCAUCACAAAUUUAUCGCCUCCAAUAUCACCAUCAUAGAAUUCACAAACAAACUGAAAAUCCAAAAACAAGAAAAAGAUAAAGAUAAGAAAACAGAAGAAAACAACUUUCAUUUGGCACACACAAUACCAACUCUCUCAUCAAAUACUAUCGAAAUAUUAAGAUCAUCAGAUCAUUAAUCUCACUAUCAUCCUCAACGAGUCAAUGUGAGCUGGAAUCGCAUCACAUCACACAACACCUAUUUCAACAGUCUACUGACACCUCUCCACCUAUGUACACACAAAAUACACACUCCUCUGAAUAAUAUUGUCCGACCGGCCAUUUUUUUUUUUAAAAAAAAAUUUUCCAACCCCAAAUUACAAUAUUUUUCAUCCCGUGUUUCGUCCAAUGAAAUGGCUAGUUCCAAAAAUUAGAUUUAAU